CCCGCUAAUUCCGCGUUCCCGACGCCCGGGAUGUUGUCUCCGGCUCUCCAUGGAGGUGCGGCCGGCUUUGCUUAAGCCAUCCUAGCCGCGAUUCCCUUCCCCGGUCCGCGCCGCCGUCGAUGCGGCGCUGAGCGAGCGAUCGCGCGGCCUCGUUCUCCCGUCGAGCCCUGUCGUCGAGCAGCGCGGCCGAGCUGGGGGGCAAUCCGGGGAAAGGGAGCCGCGGCGCCGCGCACCGGCCGCCGGACACUCCGCCGCGACGCACCGCCAACAUGCUCACACGAGUCAAGUCCGCCGUCGCCGGCUUCAUGGGUGGAAUCAUCGCCGGCGGCGGGUCCGGCGGAGGUUGCAGCCCCGGCUCGGACCUGCCGCUCAAAUUCCCCUAUAUGAGGCCGGAGUUCCUCGGACUCUCCCCGGAUGAGAUCGAGUGCUCCGCGGAUCACAUCGCCCGGCCCAUCCUCAUCUUGAAGGAGACCAGGAGAUUACCUUGGGCUACCGGAUACGCAGAGGUGAUUAACGCUGGGAAGAGCGCUCUGAACGAGGAUCAGGCCUGUUGUGAAGUGGUGGUAGUGCGGCGUCGGCCGAUGAGCUAUUGCCCACCUUCAACGCCUAGCAAAACCCCGACGGCAAAGAGACGCAACUCCCUGCCCAACGGCGACGGUCCAGGGCUUCGCUUGGAUCACAGCAAGCUUGGGGAGGACAAUGAGGGACUUGUGUUUCAUUAUUGGGCCUUGUUUGACGGCCAUGCCGGUUCCGGCGCCGCCGUGGUUGCCUCCCGCCUGCUUCAGCACCACAUCGCCUGCCAGCUGCAGGCAGUCAUCGAGAUCUUGCACAACCUGACAUCUCUGCCGCCCACCAUCUUAGGCGAGGAGCCCGAUGCCAACAACCCCUAUUUACAGGGCAACACGCCGGCUGCCCAGCGCUCCCUGACGCGGGCGGCAUCGCUACGGGGUGCGGCCGGGACGCCGGCUUCUCCUAGCAGCACGCCACCGCCACCACGUUUUUUCACCGAGAAGAAGGUCCAGCAUGAGAGCUUGGUGAUCGGAGCGGUGGAGAAUGCCUUCAAAGAGAUGGACGCACAGAUCGAGAGAGAAAAGCAGGGCUACAACAUCACGGGAGGAUGCACGGCUCUCACUGUGGUCUACAUGCUGGGGAAGCUGUACGUCGGAAACGCAGGCGACAGCAGAGCGAUAAUUAUCAGGAACAACGAGAUUGUUCCGAUGUCAACAGAAUUCACGCCGGAAUCGGAGCGCCAGAGGCUACAAUUCCUGGGUUUCAUGCAGCCUCACCUUUUGGGAAACGAGUUCACGCAUCUGGAAUUCCCACGAAGGGUUCAGCGGAAGGAGGUCGGAAAGCGAAUGCUCUACAGGGACUUCACCAUGAACGGAUGGGCGUACAAAACCGUCGAGGAUGAAGACCUGAAGUUUCCGCUCAUCUACGGCGAAGGGAAAAAGGCGCGGGUGCUAGCCACUAUCGGCGUCACACGCGGUUUAGGCGACCACGACCUAAGAGUUCACGACUCCAACAUCUACAUCAAGCCAUUUCUGUCCUGCCUUCCUGAGGUGAAGGUGUACAACCUCACUCAGUACGAGCACGGCGCGGAUGACGUACUGGUGAUGGGCACGGACGGACUUUGGGACGUUCUGUCUAAUCAGGAAGUCGCCGAGGCUGUCUCGACUUUCCUCGCUAACUGCGAUCCAGAUGAUCUUCACAGGUAUACCAUGGCGGCUCAAGAUUUAGUCAUGCGAGCGCGCGGCGUCCUCAGAGACCGAGGUUGGAGGAUCACCAACGAGCGCUUGGGCUCGGGAGAUGACAUCUCCGUCUUCAUCAUUCCGCUAAUGUAUGGCAACCGUCAGCCCUGAGCUGAAAAUUCCGCCCUGAAUCCCUUUUGCACACAUUUCUGUUGGGAGUGAUGCGCCAAAAAUUUUUUAGGUGCUCUCAAAACUAACCUCAGAAUAGCAACUAAGGCCGUUUCGGGCCUAAUGUAGCUUUCGAGGUUCAACUUUUGAUGCCGUUUCGGCCCUGAGAUCCCAUGUAAAUGUUAUACGCUGCAUAUUAACUCAUUGGCUGUCAAACAAUGCCAGAGACGCCAACAGUGGCUCUACCAGUUUCACCAAUGGCAAUGAGACGUCAACAACAAUCACAUGACUUCAUUAUACCAAUUGAUCACGAUGGCCUGUUCAAGCACCGAAUAAUAUUAAAGCAACAUGAGGUUACUUUUCAGUUUUGGCCGAUUUAGCGGCACAGGUGGACAAAAGCUGUAGUGUUUUGCCUACCAACGCACAGUGUUGUAAAAAACGGAGAUAUGAUCCUUGAAAUUUCAUAAUAGGAAAUAUGUUUUCUCCACGGGAGGGCACUCAUGCUCUUUGGACAAAUAAUGCUUCAUGUCUGGAGAUUUUUUUACUCUCGAUGGAAUUCAAUGGGUUUAAUUUAAUAUUAUAAUGCAAUAGGUUAUAGUACAUUGUAAUAAUAGCAGUCCAUGUAGAAAACUUUUUUU